CUGCCCUUCAAUUUCGUGUUAUUUCGUGAACUUGGCUAUUGACUGUUCUCUUGUUUUGGUGAAAUACCAGUUACCAGAUACCACUAUACCAGUCAAGUUUUACAUUAGCAAUUUGCAAAGCAUUUUUUAGUAUUGUUAUAAUAGUGACUAUACCACCUACUAAAAUUGUGAACAAAGCAAUAGCUUUAAAUACCAAGUUUUGCCACCAUAGAAGUAUAUAAAUUUCGAACAAAAUCCAACGGAAAUGGCCCGUACAAAGGAAGGAUGCAUGAUAAUCCUAGAUGUUGGAAAAAGUACAACAAUCAAAAGCGGCCACCACGACCAGACGUUUUACGACAGAGCCAAGCAGUGUGUUUCUAAAAUCAUUCAAAGAAAAAUUUUUAGUAAACCUCAAGACGAAGUAGGAUUGGUCCUGAUGGGUACUAAUGAAACCAACAAUCAGCUGAACAUCGAAUACGGCGGGUAUGAGCACAUUUCUGAAGCCUUUGAGCUAGGACCCGCUAACUGGCACAUGCUGAAGAUCAUGGAAAAGCAAAUCACACCAUCAAGUGUAGAUGCCGGUUGGUUUGACUCGCUGGUAGUUGCGAUGAAUUUUUUAAAAACCUGUGCUCAAGCCAAAAAAUUUGCGUCACUAAAAAUUAUCCUGAUAUCGACUCUAGCUUCUACGUCUGAUCAUGAUUUAGAUCAGGUCGAAGUGGUAGUUUCUAAAUUAACUGCAAUGCCCUGCGAAUUGAACGUUAUCAACGAUAAUGUUGAGCUUAGUGAUAACCCCGAUGCCGAUGAUGAUGUAAUGUUUGAUACAUUGGGCAUUUUCAGUCAGCGACAGGUGCAAAAUAAGGAACAACACGCUAAUGAGAAGUUGCUGGCUGAUAUUGUAUCGCAAUCGAACGGGGCUCUAUGUAACAUUGACUCAGCUGAAUUGCUGUUGGUAUAUUUCGAAAAGAAAACUACCAGAGCGGCUCCAUGGAACAGUUCAUUGACUAUUGGGACAAGCAUUGAAAUCAGUAUUUCCGCUUAUUUGGCUAUCAGCGAAGACAAAGGUUUACCAUCUUUCAAGACGGAAAGUUCUGAUCCGAACGCCAUAGUCAAGCUCAAAACCGAGUAUUUCAAGGAUGGUAAACCGUAUGAGGUUGACUUCGAAAAUCUAAUCAAAGGGUACAUGUACGGUUCUACCGUUGUUCCUUAUGAUAGCCAAAUGGAUAUUGAUUACAAAUCCGGCGAGCAGCGAUUAUCGUGUUUGGGUUUUACAGCAGCAGGAAAUAUUUUGGAGGAAUAUUUUUGCGGCACAGGAACUUACGUUGUUGUAGCAAGAAAGGAUUGUGCUGCUUCUGAAACAAAGUUGACUGCUUUGAUAAAGGCCAUGCACGAGCAAGAUUUAGUAAUGAUCGCAACUAGGGUGUAUAGACGAGAUACUCGUCCAAAAAUUAAUGCAUUGAUGCCAGCGUACCGGAAGCGAUAUCCCUGUUUGGUUAUGUUAGAACUAUGCUUUCAAGAGGAAUUGGCUCUGAUAAAAUUUCCCCCGCUACUCUCCAAUAAGUUUAAACCCACCGAAGCGCAGUACGAAGUCAUUGACAAGUUGAUCGAUUCUAUGGAUCUGAUGGAUGCAUUAGACGAUGAAACAGGCUCUAAGGAAGCAUUUGCUUUGAACAAAACGCUCAAUCCAGUCCAUCAGCAUAUGAACAGAUCGGUAGCGCAUCGCGCUCUGUACCCAAAUACCCCUCUUCCGACAAUGGAUCAAGAGCUGAAAAGUCUUGUGGAUGUGCCGCCCAAAAUACGAGAAAGGUCUAAGGAAAUUUUAGAGGAAGUAAGAAAUUUAUUCCCCUUGAAGGAAAAGAAGAUUAACGUCCGUACCAAAUGGCUACAGCGGGCAUCUAAGAUUAAUAUUCAAAGUGAUGCUAUUGCGUCCAGUUCAUCGCAACAAAAUCAAAUCACGGAUGAGGAAGAGCUUGACGAUCAGCGAAUACUUGUUGAAGUGGGUACUGUAUCACCGGCUGAAGAUUUCGCUUUGCUUUUAAAACGUGGGGAGAAGUUUGCUACGGUGUGCGUACAAAUUCAGAACGUCAUUACCGAUCUAGUUUUUAAAUCCAUGACGAUUCCGCACGAAAAAGUCGCCAUGGCCAUCAUGAUGUACCGCGAAGAAGCGAAACUUCUCGGUCCCUACCGGUACAAUGAUUGGAUCGGAGAAUUCAAGAAAAGUCUACUGGCUCGCAACAAGCAGGAAUUCUGGGAACAGGUGGUGGUCAAGGAACGAUUUGGAUUGAUUAGUUCAGAGGAAAGUGAAAUGAGUACGGUUUCCGCAGAAGAAGUGGAGAAGUUUUAUAGUGCGGCAGUGACAAGUCGGGUCGGCACGGAGGAAAACAAUGCCGAUUACGUUGAUGCCGACGAUUUGUUUGCUAAUAUGUAAGAAAAUAUUUUGUGUGAAAUGUUUCGAAUAAUUUGUAAAUAUCUGUCAGUUAACUAUUUUUGAUUAAAAUUCUGAAAAAUUAAAUAAGAAGCUGGAAAGGUAGGUUUACUUGUGGGUUAACUUACAUAUAAAUUUCUACGAUUUAAUUGUAAAGUCGGUGUAAUGAAAAC